GCACAGAAAGGUGCAGUGCUUUGGCGUCGAACGCAUCUCGAAAAGGGGAAUUGGGUUUCCAGGUAGGUGCUCGCACCGUAGUUGUCCUGAACAAUCUGCUGAAGCGCAACUCGUUUGCAUGGGAUGUGACGGGGCACCCUGUUUUGCAAACUGAAUUGCCUCUCAGGAACAUCAGUAUUCAGUUGUCUGCAGGAGGAAUUUAGUGCGGGUCGGCCUUGGGUCCGUUGACUUUCUGCUCUUGCUAUUUCCACAUCAGAGGGAGGGGUUUGACCAAGGCGCUUUGUUUUGCAAGAUGAAGCUACUCCCCAGAGAGGUCGACAAGCUUCAUCUUCACGAGGCCGGCUAUUUGGCGCAGAAGAGACUGUCUCGCGGUUGCCAGCUCAAUUACCCGGAGGCAGUGGCGCUUAUCGCUUCGCAAUGCCUGGAGUUCAUCCGGAACGGGAAUAGCGUGAAACAUGUGGUGGAGGCGGGAAGGAGGCUACUGGGGAGGAAGCAGGUGUUGCCUGGUGUGGAGUACUUAGUGACAGAGGUGCAGGUGGAGGGGACGUUUCCUGACGGAACAAAGCUGGUAGCGAUCAAUUCGCCGAUUGAGAAUAUUUGCGGAGACCUUUCGCUUGCCCUGUAUGGAUCUGGGCUGCCUGUGCCUCGACCAGACGAUUUCCAAGGUGCUCUUGUGGGACCCGAGGAUGCUCCUGGAAGGAUGUGCACAGAGGAAGGGAACAUCCUUCUGAACAAAGGGCGCAAAACCAUCAGCCUUUGGGUGGCCAGCCGCUGUGAUAGGCCGAUUCAGAUCGGCAGUCAUUACCACUUCAUUGAGGCAAACAAGUAUCUAUUCUUCGAUCGGGAGAAGGCGUAUGGGAUGCGGUUGAACAUCCCCUCUGGCACUGCUGUGCGGUUCGAGCCGGGCGAGGCGAAGGCGGUCACUCUUGUCACAAUCGGCGGCUCGCAGGUCAUUCGAGGCGGCAAUAAUCUUGCAGACGGUCCGGUGUGUCCUGAAAAUUUGGAGAAAGCGUUGAAGAACGUUGCUGCGAAUGCAUUUGGACAUGCUCCGCAGGAUAACGCAGACGUAGGCGAGAAUGCGGAAGGGAACCCUCACGCUCUGUGGAUCAGCCGUGAGCGAUACGCUGCGCACUACGGUCCCACGGUUGGCGAUCGUGUGCGUCUGGCAGACACAGAUCUUUAUCUAUCAGUGGAAGCUGACUAUGCCGUCUACGGAGACGAGUGCAAGUUCGGGGGGGGAAAGGUCCUCCGCGAUGGAAUGGGUCAGAUGGCAGGGUUACCAACAGGCAUGGCGGGUACAACGACGAUGCUCGGCGCAACUGCCGUUCUUGAUUGCGUCAUCACAAAUGCUUUGAUUGUGGACUACACAGGAAUAUACAAGGCAGACGUGGGUAUCAGGGGGACAAAGAUCUGCGGCAUUGGGAAAGCGGGAAACCCUGAUGUGAUGGAUGGGGUUACUGAGGGAAUGGUCGUUGGCGUGAACACCGAGGCCAUUGCCGGCGAGGGGAUGAUUCUGACGGCCGGUGGAAUCGACGCGCACAUUCACUUCAUAUGCCCCCAGCUUGCGGAGGAAGCAAUCAGUGCAGGAUUAACAACAAUGAUUGGUGGGGGCACAGGCCCUGCGGCGGGUUCACGUGCCACCACAUGCACACCUGCUGCAGAACACGUGCGGCUCAUGCUGCAAGCAACGGACAGUCUGCCUCUAAACAUGGGCUUCACUGGCAAAGGAAACACGUCCUCCGAAGAGGGGCUCCACGAAGUCGUACAUGCUGGGGCUAUCGGGCUGAAGCUCCAUGAGGACUGGGGAUCCACUCCAGCGGCAAUCGAUACCUGUUUGUCUUUGGCAGAACUCUAUGACAUUCAAGUCACUAUACACACGGACACACUUAAUGAAUCCGGAUGUGUGGAAGACACCGUCGCGGCAUUCAGAGGGAGGACGAUUCAUGCGUACCAUAGCGAGGGAGCGGGCGGUGGCCAUGCACCAGACAUCAUCAAGAUAUGUGGGCAGGAGAAUGUGCUCCCGUCGUCGACUAACCCGACAAAACCGUUCACUGUGAACACCAUCGACGAGCAUCUCGACAUGUUGAUGGUCUGCCAUCAUCUCAACCCAGAUAUCCCCGAGGAUCUUGCCUUCGCCGAGUCGCGUAUAAGAAAGGAGACCAUUGCAGCAGAAGAUAUUCUCCAUGACCUGGGGGCCAUUAGCAUCAUGUCUUCGGAUUCACAGGCGAUGGGCCGAAUCGGCGAAGUUAUCACCAGGACAUGGCAGACGGCGCAUAAGAUGAAAAUCCAGCGGGGGCAGCUAGAAGAAGACAAGAAGACUGCGGCAGACAAUUGCCGGAUCAAACGUUACAUUGCAAAGUAUACAAUAAAUCCCGCAAUCGCUCACGGAAUCUCCCAUCUUGUGGGAUCGGUAGAGGUAGGGAAGAUGGCAGACCUUGUGCUCUGGAGGCCCGAGUUCUUCGGAGCGAAGCCGGAGAUGGUGAUCAAAGGGGGUGCCAUCGCUUAUUCCCAGAUGGGCGAUGCAAAUGCAAGCAUACCGACUCCCCAGCCAGUGCUUAUGAGGCCAAUGUUUGGCGCGAUCGGGAAAGCAGUCGGCGAGCGCUCUUUUGCACUUGUGAGCAAGGCAAGCAUUGAUGCGAAUGUGGCGACCUCCUAUGGACUUGGAAAGCAAGUGGAGGCUGUCAAACGGUGUCGUGGGUUAAAGAAGCAGGAUAUGAAAUUGAACUGCGCACUCCCAAUUAUGGAGGUUGACCCAGAGACGUACGAAGUGAAGGCAGACGGCGUACCCCUUGUGUGUAAUCCAGCUCAGACUUUGCCAUUGGCACAGAAGUACUUUCUGUUCUGAGUGCUUGGACAGUCCUGCGACUGCGUACUGGCUGAGCUGUCGUUUGUCACAGGAAGUGACCAGGCUAACUGAUGAUGACCGCAUGCGCUCUUUCACACUCAGGCUGUUGGAGGAGGCGCAGCGGUGAUGACAGUCUUGCAUUCAUUGUGUGGAGAAGCAGAUCACACUAGUAGUCAUGGAAACUGGCAAUCAGAUGGCGUCUGGACUCUUUUUUUUUUUUUUUGAGUGUUUGUAUAGAUGUCAGCGGGCCGAGCGAUGUGUAAUGAUCCUACUAUCCCUCGAACCUGGCAUGCAGUCGGCACUUCAAGCAGGCCACAGACAGUGUGGAGAUGAGCGCACUGACAUGAUCGAUUGCUGGAAGUAGGAAACAGAUGUUUAUAGCACUGAUCCGAGAAGGGAAGAGACAUCUGUAGCGCUGACGCAAGAAACGAUUUGAAGGAAGUGUGGAUUGCCGACUCGGCACAUGGUGGAAGCAGAGGUGGGAGCGGAGGAGGUGGAAGAGGUGGUGUGGCAUCUUUUUUUUUUGCCCUUCCCUACUAAUGAUGAUGGACGGAGGAGGUGGAAGAGGUGGUGUAUCCUCUGUUUUGCACAACUGCCAUAGCUGAAGCACUGACCGACUGGCUUCCCUACUACUCUAGCGAUGACGGAUACCUGUCUGAAGAUCGCACCCCAUGCAUGGAGGUCGACAUUGUACCUUCCCCCCCCCCGUUUUUUGCGCGUGUUGUCAGGUUGUGGUCGUCAGAAAGGUGUCCAAAUUCAUAGCAACAAGUGAAGACUACCGUGCAGUUCAGUCGUCUCCCGUCGUCCUCAUUCUGUUGACGAAAUGGUCACAACGGAAGAGAACCUGUGUCGACAACGGGAGCGAGAGACGAAGACCUGGCCCUGUUCGAAUAGUUGGUGCGGGACUGACUGGCGUGGCAAGGGGACCAUGGGUGCUACCUGUCGGAUGCGUGAGUGGUAGAUAAGCAAGCACGUAGAGCCAUUGCUUCACAGGUCCAGAGAUCAAAUCCUGUGACAUCUACUUAAGCGCAUUAGCGACUAUCCCCUUCAAAAAACGUUAUGGGCAUGUUUUGCUCCUAUCUUUGGUUUCUUGAGUAAAAAAGUUGACUUGCC